UGGGUGCUGGGAUGCGGUGCUGGGUGCUGGGGUGCUGUGCUGGGUGCUGGGGUGCAGUACUGGGAUGCAGCGCUGGGUGCUGGGAUGCAGCACUGGGUUCUCUGGUGCUGUACUGGGAUGCACUGCUGGGGUGCAGCCCUGAGUGCUGUGCCGGGGUGCCAUGCUAGGGUGCCGCACAGAGGCAGGGGUCGAUAUGGCACAGAGGGACGAUGCAGCGCUGUGGCAUGAUGAUGCAAUGCCCUGCUGCAGCGCAACGACACAGCGCUGUAGUGUGAUGAUGCUCCAGUGCCAUGACGCAGGGCUGUGGUGUGAUGAUGCAACACAGGGUGGCCAUGCAAACAUGCAGCACUGUGGUAUGAUGAUGUGAUGUCCUGCUGCAGUGCCACGAUGCAAUGCUCCAGUGCCAGAAUGCAAUGCUGUGGCGUGAUGAGGCCAGCGGGGUGACGUUGAACAAGGCCAAGAGCCAGGUCCUGCACUUGGGACACAAAAACCUGGUGCAGCUCCAGGCUUGGGGAAGAGCAGCUUGAAAGCUGCCCAGCAGAGAAGGACCUAGGGAUGCAGGGUGACAGUGGCUCAACAGGAGCCAGCAGUAGCCCAGGUGGCCAAGGAGGCCAACAGUAUCCGGGCCUGGAUCAGGAACAGCGUGGCCAGCAGGAGCAGGGUAGGGAUUGUCCCCCUGAACUCAGCGCUGAUGAGGCUGCACCUCGAAUCCUGGGUUCAGUUUUGGGCCCCUUGCUACAAGAAGGACAUUGAGGGGCUGGAGCACAUCCAGAGAAGGGAACAGAGCUGGGGAAGGGGCUGGAGAACAAGGGUUGUGAGAGGUGGCUGUGGGCCUGGGGAUGUUUAGUCUGGAGGAGGCUGAAGGGAGACCUCAUCACUCUCUGCAGCUCCUGAAAGGAGGUUGUGGUGAGGUGGGUGCUGGACUCUUCUUCCUGGGACAGGUGACAGGAUGAGAGGGAAUGGCCUCAAGUUGCACCAGGGCUGGUUCAGAUUCGAUAUUGGGAACCCUCAGAAAGGGUUCUCAGGCCCAGGCAGAGGCUGCCCAGGUGGUGGUGGAGUCCCCGUCCCUGGAGUGGUUCAAAGCCUGAGCAGAUGAAGCGCUUGGGGAUGGUUCAGCGGUGAGGGGGACGGCUGGACUCGAUGAUCUCCAAGGUCUCUCCCAGCCAAGCAAUCCCAUGGUCUCUGAUGCCGCGACGCCCGGUGCAGCGCUCUGGAGCCACCAUGCCAUGACGACACAUGGUUCAGCCGUGACGCAGCCCUGGAACCUCCCCGUGAGACAACACCUGCCGUACUCCGCCCCCCGCUCCGUUCCGCGCAUGAGCAAGGUGGAGGACAUCGUGCAGGAGGUGUUCGACGCCUACAAGACGAACCAUCGCACCUCGCGAUUCAUUCUGCACCGGGAGAAGCACUUCCAUUACCUAAAGAGAGGCCUCCGGCAGCUGACAGAAGCAUAUGAGUGUCUGGACGCCAGCCGGCCCUGGCUCUGCUACUGGAUCCUGCACAGCUUGGAGCUGCUGGAUGAGCCCAUUCCCGAGUCAGUGGCUUCUGAUGUCUGCCAAUUCCUGAGGCGCUGCCAGAGCCCCCAGGGCGGCUUUGGGGGGGGGCCCGGCCAGCACCCCCACCUCGCUCCCACCUAUGCUGCUGUCAACGCGCUUUGCAUCAUCGGCACAGAGGAAGCAUUUGAUGUCAUCGACAGGAAGAAGCUGCUGGAAUACCUGCACUCGCUAAAGCAGCCUGAUGGCUCCUUCCUCAUGCAUGCCGGCGGUGAGGUGGACGUCAGGAGCGCCUACUGUGCUGCUUCUGUGGCCUCGCUGACCAACGUCCUCACCCCCGCGCUCUUCGCUGGGACGGCUGAGUGGAUCGCAAGGUGCCAGAACUGGGAGGGUGGCAUCGGCGGCGUGCCAGGCAUGGAAGCCCACGGCGGCUACACCUUCUGUGGCAUGGCAGCACUGGUUAUCCUCAAGAAGGAACAUCUCCUGAACCUCCAGAGCUUGCUGCGCUGGGUGACCAGCCGGCAGAUGCGCUUUGAGGGCGGCUUCCAGGGCCGCUGCAACAAGCUGGUGGAUGGGUGCUACUCCUUCUGGCAAGCCGGCCUCCUGCCCCUCCUCCACCGUGCUCUCCACGCCAGGGGUGACACGGCACUCAGCAUGACACGCUGGAUGUUCGACCAGUCGGCGCUGCAGGAAUAUAUCCUGCUGUGCUGCCAGUGCCCAGCCGGUGGGCUGCUUGACAAGCCGGGCAAAUCCCGGGAUUUCUACCACACCUGCUACUGCCUAAGCGGGUUGGCCAUCGCCCAGCACUUUGGCAGUGGCGAGAUCCACCACGAGGUGAUCCUGGGCAUCCCCGAGAACCGCCUGGCAACGCACCCUGUCUACAACAUUGCCCCGGAAAAGGUGGUGAGAGCAGUGAUGCACUUCUUGCAGCAGCCUGUGCCCAGCGUGGAGCCGGCGGCUGCUGCUGAGUAGGGAUCCGGACUGUGCGGAGCAUCCUGCCCCGAG